AUCGGUUUGGUUGAAGUGGUGGUCAUCGGGUGGGUGUACGGCGUCGACCGGUUUUUGGAGGACAUGAAAGUGAUGUUAGGCCACUACCCCUUCCACCGGCUAUACUGGCGCAUACUCUGGAAGUUUAUCUGUCCCUUACUUAUUAUCUUCAUUCUGAUCUUCUCGCUCAUUGACCUAAAACCGGCCACUUAUGGCGAUUAUGUGUACCCGUGGUGGGCGUCUGUCAUUGGGUGGAUGUUGUCUCUCGUAUCAGUAGCUGCCAUACCAUUCGUGGCCGUCUUGAAGAUCACUAAAAUGAGGGGACCUAUCAUUCAUCGCAUUAAAGUCCUGAUGCGUCCCACGUCGGACUGGGGCCCUAAACUGCAGUUACAUCGCAUGGAGACCCACAGUCCCAAACACACGGACAGUCAGGUGCCGCUCAGGUAUGACGCGGACAACGACAGCAACGACUCGGACGACCUUUCAAAACAUAACAAUAAAAAUAUACACGUUUUGUUACACAAGACUAACUGUCUAAUUGUUUUAUCUCCCGGUGCUAUAUUAGGUGAGCGUCCAUUCGCCUGCACCUGGCAUUCAUGCGGCAAACGGUUCGCCCGGUCGGACGAGUUGGCCCGACACUACCGGACCCACACGGGCGAGAAGAACUUCGUCUGUCCCUUCUGUGACAAGCGAUUCAUGCGGUCCGACCACCUGACCAAACACGCCAAACGGCACCCGGAGUUCAGGCCCGACUCACUAGCAUUUAACCGCAAGAAUCAACACAACCAGCAGACCGGCCAACAGCCCGCCCCUCGCCCUAAGAUGUUGACCAACGGGAUGGACGCGAGCGCCGUUACCCUCAAGACUGAGCCCCCGAUGAAGACUCAGAUGAUUGUCGGCCACAAUAGUGUCGAUAAUAAGCCGAUCGUUAGAGAU